CAUUUUUGGCCAACAAGAAAGCGAAGAAUUAACUACCUUAAAACUGCCGUCGUGGCAUCAUCCUUCGCGCCUACUUCGCGUUGGACAAAUUCCAGGAUUCUUUUCAUCGACCAAGACUGCUUCAUUUCGAUUUCUCAGACUCCAUCAUCAUCAUCCUCCUCCUCUUGAUCUUCGUAGCAGUAACCAGAUUAUUAUAAGAAUAUCCGCCAUUGAACCCAAUUUCCCCUUCCCUCUGCAGAACCAUAAUCUCCCAAUUUCUCGAAUAAAAACCAUGCCUCCUUCUCUUCCCCUUUUCUUCCUCGUCUUCUUCAUCUAUCUCUCGCCACUCGCUCUCGCUGAGAUCCGGUUCUUGCAGGUUCGCUCCGACAACAAACCCGUAAUCCUAUUCGACGAAUUCGGGUUCACCCACCGUGGCCGUCUCCAACUGAACGUUUCCAAGAUUAGCUUCAACGGCCCCCACAACUUGGACCUCACCAGACUCGGGUUCUUCCUCUGCACCCCGGAAUCCUGGAUGCAGAUUCUUCAGCAGCUUGAUGACGGCGAGAUCACUUGCGUUCUCAAGUCCGAUUACGCCAAGGUCGUCUUUUCAUUCGAUUAUCUCCACGCCAAUUCCUCCUUUGACAAGCUCUAUUUCGUGUCCGACGCCGGCCAGUACAGUCUCAUCUUUGCGAAUUGUCUGCCCCAGCUCGCGAUCUCCAUGGACGUCCGAUCCGCGAUGUACAAUCUCGAAGGAAAAUCGGGGGAUAAACGUGACUAUCUCCCCGCCGGCAAGACCAUUUUACCCAGGGUUUAUUUUAUCUUCUCCCUCGUUUAUUUUGGCUUGGCUGGUGUAUGGAUUUAUGUGUUGUGGAAGAAGCGUUUAACGGCUUUCCGCAUUCAUUUCUUCAUGCUUUUGGUGGUAAUCUUGAAAGCCUUGAACUUGCUCUGUGAAGCUGAGGAUAAAUCGUAUAUUAAACGAACUGGAUAUGCCCAUGGCUGGGAUGUGUUAUUUUACAUAUUCAGCUUCUUGAAGGGAAUCAUGCUGUUCACUUUGAUCGUGUUGAUUGGGACGGGUUGGUCGUUUUUGAAGCCAUAUUUGCAUGAUAGGGAGAAGAAAGUGUUGAUGAUUCUAAUCCCACUUCAAGUGUUAGCAAACAUUGCACAGGUUGUGAUUGAUGAAACCACACCCUAUGGAAUUGAUUGGAUGACUUGGAAGGAAGUGUUCUUUCUUGUCGAUGUAAUCUGUUGUUGUGCCGUUUUGUUCCCCAUUGUUUGGUCCAUUAAGAAUCUUCGUGAGGCUGCCCGGACUGAUGGGAAGGCUGCGGUGAAUUUGAUGAAAUUGACUCUCUUUAGGCACUACUACAUUGUGGUUAUAUGUUACAUCUACUUUACGCGGGUUGUGGUUUAUGCAUUAGAAACAAUCACCUCGUAUAGGUAUCUGUGGACUAGUGUGGUGGCAGGGGAAUUAGCGACACUAGCGUUUUAUGUGUUCACUGGGUACAAGUUCAAACCCGAGGCUCACAAUCCAUACUUUGUGAUUGACGAUGAGGAGGAAGAGGCUGCCGUUGAGGCGUUGAA